UACAUGCGAUAGAGGCUACAUGAAAAAAUGCCAAAACAAGCUAAUCUGCAAUUCAAACGCAGAAUGGGAAGGAGAAAUAAGCUGUCGAAGUUGAUUAUUACAACAGCUUCAACUUAAUUUCUUUUAUUUGGUUUUAAUAUAGAAUUUUAGUGCGAUCGCAUGCCUGUGUUAAAGCAUGGAAGAGUUGAAGGAAAUAACAACAAGGUAAUUUUUUCGUGUUUUUAUGGCUACCGACUGAAGAACGCGGGUAGCGCAUAUUGCGGGGAAAAACACUUGGAGAUAUCUCAAUAAACAACCCCCAACAUGUCAAGUUAGAAACCUGACAGUAAGCAGUACUAUCAACAUAGCAUGUAAGAAAGGAUACGAGAGUAAAGGCAUCCGUUCACGUAAAUGUGUCUCUAACACUACCACCGCUUUAUGGAACACAUCUGAUCCUGUCUCAUGCCAAGCUGUGUCAUGUGGACGACCUCCUUCGCUACUAAAUGGGAGAUAUGAAGGACACGUCUUUAGCUACGGAGCCAUGGUACGCUAGCACUGCAACGUCGGAUACUGUCUCGUUGGAACCAAUACCUCCAUUUGUUUGAAAGAAGGCUAUUGGCGUUCAAACACACACAGAAAAUGUCAAAUUCUGAAAUGCCCUAAUUUACAAUCGAUAUCAAAUGGUUCAGUUUCGGUGUCGUCAAAGUAUUUGGGCUGAACGGAUACUUACCAAUGCAAAACUGGCUUUGAUUUGAUUGGUUCUCGUACAAGAUCAUGUCAGGAACGUUCAUCAGCGCAUUGCAGUUUGACAUUGUCAGAACAUGCACCAACAUUUAGAGCUAAAGAUUGCGGCCAUCCGGGUGUCAUUAGUCGUGGAAGAAUAGCCGUGAUCCAAAGAGACGAAAGGCGAUAUCCAAGUUACAACCAGUUUAUAUGUAGUCUAGGAUAUCAAAUUGUUGAAGGCACAGAGUUUAUGACGUGUUCAAGUUCACAAGUGUGGAAAGGAAAACGGCCAAAGUGUCAACCUGUUUAUUGUGGUGAGUUGGAACAACCCAAGCAUGGCGAAAUUAUAGGCAACAAUUUCUAUUUUGGAGAAUCCGUGAAGUUUUCUUGCAAUAGAGGAUACAUGAUGAUAGGACAAGAGACUUCAACUUGCGAGGCGUCUUGUACAUGGACCAAUACGUCACCCAGAUGUAUUGGUAUAGAUUGCUGCAAACGAGAUGUUUUCCAAUUCAAAGAGAGUAAAAUGGGCGUGUUGUUGGAACAUGCAACAAAAUUGGCUCUGUUCUUGUAUUUCAAUAUAAAGUAUAAGAAGUUUGCAGCAAUACGGUUCGAGCUAUUACAGCCUCCUAAAAGUGGUUUUAUCAGUGGCAGGAGUUACACGUUUCCGAAUUAUGUUGUGUAUGCAAUUAAAGAAGGAUACAGACUUAUUGGAGCAUCAAAGCGCAACUGCAAUGCAUCUGGACAAUGGAAAGGAUUAGCGCCAAAUUGCCAACGUAUUACAUGCCCAUUAAUUUCAAACCCGGUAAAUGGAGAAUUUGUUGGCGAUGAUUUUUCUGUAAACUCUACAGUUGAAUUUGUUUGUAAUGCCGGAUAUGCUGUGCAUGGUUCGUCUACGUCUACCUGCCUUUUGCAAGGAAUAUGGUCACAUUACCCUCCAACAUGCCAAAAUAUAAAAUGCGCAACAACGCCUAGUCCAAAGUUCUGUAAAGUAGUUGUUUUGCAAACUCAUGUCCGAAGCGUUGCUCGGUACUCUUGCUCAAUUGGGUACAGGCUCGUCGGCGUCACUUACAGGCAAUGUACACAAACCUCUCAGUUCACUGUGGAAACCAAAUGGAGUGCUAAGUCUCCCAAAUGCAUUCGUAAGAUAAGCAUUAUAAUACCCAUAAUUGUAUAUUUGCUCAACGUAUAUUACUUCGCUGUGAGAUGUUCUACACUUCAUGCUCCACUAAACGAAAAAUUGUUGGUGGCAAAUUCUAUUAUUCACAUUUUGUGCUGUACUUGUGUGACUGCGGAUACCAAACACUUUCUGGUAACAGCACUAGAAAUGCAACGAAAUAGGAAAAUGGACAGGUAUAGCGCCAUUGUGCAAAGGUGUUUGUGAAGUUGCAAGACUCAAUUGUUCUAACGCUGAGAUUGGUGCAGUGGACAGCGACGGCUGUGAUACGUGUGUAUGCAAAUCUCGGUCCGCCUGUCCAUUAGAUGUCAGACCAGUCUGCGGUUCUGAUGGGCGAAAUUAUAUAAACGAGUGUUUACUGGAAGUGGAGGCAUGCUUGUUUGGAUCAGAUUCAUUAAGAACUAUUAGUCAAGGAGCGUGUGAGUUCUCUUGUCAUGUCUGCCAUUCCAAUGCUGAUUGUGUCGAAAAUACCAAUUGCAGCUGCAAACAUCGUUUCGUUCGUGACGGAAGAGAAUGUUGUUAUGAAGAAUUUACUAGCCAGGUGGCGUUACUUGGAUGUGUAGCAUGGUUCGAUUGCCAAGAAUCGUGCAAUCUUCCGUUUGGUUCUACUCAAUAGUACUUGAAUGCAUCCGAGUGUGGGAAAAGUUGUGCUAGAAAGCCAUUUGUUGCUGGAGGCGACACGACUAGUCCUGAUGAAUUCCCAUGACAAGCAAUGCUGUGUUCUCCUCGGUUGGGACAGCAUUGUGGAGGAGCUCUCAUUUCAUAGAGAUGUGAGCCAACAGCAGCACAUUGCUUAAAGUAUCAGAGCACUAAUAGAAAGACCAUCACAGUUUGCUUGGGCAAGCAUUGUGGCCAUUGCUCCGAAUCUGAUUCUUUAUCCAAUUCCGUUUGUUCCAAUUCUUCGCCGAUAAUCAUACAUCCAGAUUUUAAUCAAACUUCUUACGAUAAUGAUAUAGCAGUUUUGAAACUUGCUCGUCCGGUUAACUGCAAUUGUCGAACGAUCAUGCCAGUGUGUCUACCAGACAAGGCAAGAGAUUCGUCAUACAUCCGUGCUCAACAAAACGGCAUCGUCACUGGAUGGGGUCGUGUCAAUUCGACAGUCAGCAGAUCUAGAUUUUUACGUAAAGGCGACGCCAGGCUAAAAUCUCUCCGUGUUUGUCAAAUAAAGCAUCAAGGUUACCAAAUAACUGAGAACACGAUGUGUGCUACUGAUUACAACAGCGCCUGUGAAGGAGACAGUGGCGGACCUCUGGUGGUAAAGAACAGAAACUUUAGAGGUCGCUAUGUGUUGGCAGGAGUUGUAAGUUGGGAAUUGGUUGUGGCGAAAAGACAAAGUUUGGAGUUUACACAGAUGUGAUCAGUCAUCUUGACUGGAUCAAGUCUACUUGUGACAUCAACUGAAUAUUGCAGUUUAUAGAGAUUGUCUCGUCUCUAAGGAAGACAAAGAAUUUUGAGUUUUCUUUCUGCUUGUUGCAUAUUUGCAUUCGACUGUUUAGACGUAGAAAAUGUUACUGAACCGGCAAAACAAGAAUAUGGCAAAGUAUUCGGAAAGUAGACGUACUGGCUGUAUAAAUUAUAAAAAUUUA